UGUCACCCAACUAUUCCAAAAAGAGAAACUCGAAUUAAGUCCAAAUUUUCAGCACGUUAAGCAUGGACUUGGGGCAAAACUUGACCGCCGCCAUGAUGCAGUCCUCGGCGGAGGCGGGCAAGUCGGAGGAGGCGUGGCCGGCGGUCGCCCACCUGCAUCAUCCGGACGAGGCGAAUCAGCUCCUGCUGCCGGAGCGCUCCAGCUGCCUGGCGGUGAAGACCUACCUGCGCAUGUGCAACCUGCCAUUUACGGAGCAGAUCAGCGACAACGCGGAGUUCAUGUCGCCUGGUGGUCGAUUGACCCACCUGCCACUGCUCCGUUUGGGUCCGGUCAAGACCUUUGCGGAAUUCGAGCCAAUAGUUGCCCAGGUGGAGGUCAUGCAAGGCGGCAGUUCCCUGGGCAGUUGGAUGUCCGAGGAUCAGCGCGAUGACAUCCGCUGUCUGGUGAGCUAUGUGGAAAAUGUCUUCACGCUGGCGGAGAUCCACAUGAGCUUUGUGGAUGAGAUAAACUACCAGCUGUACACGGCACCGCGCAGUGCUGCAGCUCAUCCGUGGCCAUUGAGUGCGAUUCGCCGGCAAGCCAAGCAGAAGGAUGCACGGAGGAUCCUGAAGGUCUACCAGUGGCAGGAUCUGGACAACGACCAGGUCAUCCAGGAGGUGGGCGUCUGUGCCGAUGCGUUGGUCGCUAAGCUGGAGGAGCACAAGGCGCAGGCUUAUCUCGGCGGACCACGGCCUUGCGAACUGGACGCCCUGGUCUUUGGCCAUGUGGCAGCCAUAAUGAGCACCAAAGUUCCCAACAUGGAACUGGCCGAGGUCCUGGCCACCUAUCCACGUCUUCUGGCCCACUGUCGCCGCAUCGAUCAGAGCCUAUUUGAUGGCAAACUUCUGGCCAGCGAGGUGGAGGCGCAGGAGGAGGAGCCGGAGUAGCAAAAAUAAAAUGAAGGAACGGACAGGACUCGGAAUCCCUCUGCCCCGGAACAAAGGAUUCUUAUUGUUUUUUUAUUUGGCCAAGGU